AUGCCAAGACCGAAAGAGAAACCGCCUUGUUCUGUUUGUGCGGAACGAGGAGACGGAGCUCAUUUUGGAGCGGAAGCAUGCAGAGCUUGCGCAGCAUUUUUUCGGAGAUCCGUGGCGCUACGUAAAACUUAUGUGUGUCGCACAUCUAAAGUAUGUUCCAUUUCCACAGGUGGUCGAUGCAUGUGUCGAGCCUGUCGUUUCGAAAAGUGUCUUUCUGUGGGCAUGCAGAAAACAGCCGUACAAAGACAUCGCGAUAUGAUUGGGCGUAGAAAAGAAGGAUUAUUAAACAGCGCAGAAUUCAAUCAUGUACAAGAUAUUCAAAUCGCUGGGAAAGAUACAAACAUGCCAAUACUCAAUAGUUUCCUAGAUCAGUAUAACAAGUUAGAGGAAAAACGGCACAUUUUACACAGAGAGCAAAGCUGUGAGUUUGAGAAGACUUAUCCGAAAGCAAUAUGUUAUAAAGAGGCGAACAAAAUCAAUGUGAAAGAAAUACCUUGGAUAAUUGAAGUUGUUGUUAAAACUUUCCCUGAUUUCCAAACAUUCGAAAGUUCCCAGAAGAAAUUACUAUUUGGAGCCUUUUAUCUACCGUUCAUGCUGCUCGAAACAGGUUACUUCGCUACUAUAAAAGACAGAUCUGACAUUUUAUAUUUGCCUUCUGGAGAUUACGUGGAUGCUAGACACCCCGAAACAUUUUAUGUAGAUAAUGAUGGAAAACAAGAGAUGUCAACAGAAGAAGCUGUGAGAAUUUUUGCUCCUUCGUUCAACAUUUAUCGCAGGAAUAUUCUUGAUCCUAUGAGAGAUCUUCGAAUUACGAACUACGAGUUUCUAGCUAUGUGCUGUUUUUGUCUUUGGGAUCAUGGACUUGAAGGGCAGACCAGAGAAUGUGAAAUCGCGUGCGACAAAAUAAGAAAAAAAGUAGUAGAUGAAAUAUCUUACUAUCACAAGCAUAUUAUGAGAUGCCUCGAACCCAGCUCACGUUUGGCUAGCCUUUUUGUUCUUCUUCCUGCAUUACAGCGCGCUGUUCGCCGAUUCCAGGAAGAUGUUGAAAUAAGUAAUGUAUUCAACGCUUAUUCUGUUGAUGAUGAGUUCUAUGCGAUUGUGAACGGGAGACUGUAA